AUGGCUUCAAGUUCAGAUCCUCAACCGGUUGUUGGUCUGCUUUCUCAGUCUAAUGGGGGUCAGAUUCCACAAUGUCCAGUAAUUUUCAAUGGCACUAAUUAUCGUGUUUGGGUUUCUCGCAUGCGUUGGCAUAUGCGUGGUCUACGGCAUUGGGAUUUUCUCACUAGUGAACUACCGUGUCCACCUUUACCCACUCCUCCUGUGCAACCAGUCUUUCCUCUUGCAACUUCAGACGAUGAUAAGAAGAAAUUGCAUGAUGAAUAUAAUGAUGAUAUGGCCUCAUACAUGUCUCAGUUUGCAGCAUAUCGGACUUGGUUGGAUGAGGAUGCUCGUGCAGGUGCUGUUCUAACUGCUAGCAUGGAGGAACAUUUGACUGCCAAUAUUGUAGAGCUUGACUAUGCUUCUCAGAUGUGGGCUUUUCUUCACCAGCGUUAUGAGCCCUCUGGUCAGUCCACAUGCAUUGCUGCUUUACGCCAAGAGCAGUUGUUGCAACAGGGUGAUGCUACAAUUGAGGAGUUCUUUAACCAGCUCUCUAGUGUGUGGCGUGAGCUUGACACUCUGAGUCCUCAGCUGCCCCUGCCACUUUUACUAGCUUGUGAACCCUGUGUGUCCCUGAUGGAUGCUCUUGCUGCUGUUCGAAAUGAAGAGAUCCGUCUUCGUUCUACUAGCUUGCUGCAGUCAGCUGCCUCGUCAGUGCUAGCUAUUCGCUCUGCACCUCCAUCCAUGACAACUUCUGGACGUCCUACACCCCUCCCUACAGCACCUUCGUCAGCGGUGUCCUCCUCUAGGAGUGGUAGUACUGGUGGACUUCACUACAACUACUAUGAAAAAGAUGGAUAG